UUUUUUGAAAGAAUGUUUGAAUCGGCGCAUUAGGAGUCUGCACGGGAUUGAACACAACAAAGAUCGCCAGAAAUCAGUGGAAAAAGCUGGUUGAGGAUAGCAAUCAAGUUGGCAUGGCAAUCUUCUGGGAAUCCGUGAUAUUUUUUAAAAAUUCAGACUCGGAUGCAACGAUCACAAGCUUCAAAGGUAUCAAAUCUCUGUACUGCCUACAUUAGACCAGUCUAACCGCUCGUUUAACAUAUUUGUUAUAAGAUUUCUGCUACUGUAGAUAUCAUUAAAUUUUGAUUAUGUUGGUACCGUUUUGACCUAAGUUAUAUAGUCAAUUGGUCCAUUGAAGAUAACGUAGAUAAAGAACAGGUUCAAUGCAUGUUGAAUGUGGAUCAAAAAGUGACAUAAAUCAAUAUACCUUUCUCGAGUUUUCAUUGACUUUCUCUACUGGUGUCAUCUUUACGAAACCUUUCUUAGGCUUUCAACUCAAGUAAAAUUAGAACAUUGUAACCGAAGCUUUUAUACAUUAGAGAUUCUACCCGAUAGCAACUGCAUAACUAAGUUUUUACGGUAGUUCUUGUUAGAUUCUUCGCAUAUAUGUAGUCAUCUAAUGUUUUAGGGGACGUUUACGAACAAAAAAUUGGGUAAGCUUUAGCCGGGUAGAGUGUGGUUUGGGUAAGCACUAAUCACUGACUGAUUAAGAGGCUGUUUGGUUAGUUUUCUAUUAGGUCCUGAAUGAAUAAAGUUGUCCAUGUGGAUUAAUUUGUCUAUAUAGAUUGUAAAUGUUUUUGUUCGGGAGGGUUUUUUCAUAGAUAGAGAGAGCGUGUUUUUUUAAUUGGGAUGAACAGGUUUGGAAAAAACUGGCUUUCUACAUAAAGCUUCCCUCUAGAAUUUUACUAGAUAGGUCACUUUCUAUAUCAUUAAGCUACUAUCAAACAGUCAUGUAUAGCUGCUAUGAGUCCCAUUAAGCUCCUUAAGCUGCUAUCAUGCAACAUCUCAGGCCGGGUAAGCGCCUCUUACCGGGUAAGAGGUGUUAAGCAGGUACUAAACAACCCCUUAUUGCCCGCUAAAUGUUGAUACAACCUUCCUUUCUGAUUUCCGUUAAUUCUACAGUUUUGCAUAGCGAUUCCCAUCUUUUACACGUCAGCGAGCUGAAAAUCAGUGUCUCCAGUUUUAACCUCUCAACACAAUAUUUCGGCACUAAACGAAAGAAUAUAUCCUCCAUGGGAACUUCCAAUCGGUGAGGUAUUCGAAAAUAUACCAUAGGUGUCAACUUGCUUAUAGCACAAAUCGUCGUUUUCAAGCAAAUAAUCGCAACCACUCUUAUCCAAACAAAAAAUAUCCAAAAGGAACUUAUCUUUUUCAUAUCUCACUGCAUUUAGAUUCUGUUUUUCUUUCGUGUCCCCUAUAAAAAGGCGAACGAAAACUUCAAAGUUCAAUAAGUUAGUUCUCAAGUGUUUACAAAGCAUAUCAGAAGUCGGUAACGAAACCAAACAGACUCGGUAAAAUCCCAGGGGUUUCCAAAAUGGACAGGGUGAAAGAUUUGGCAUCAAAGAAAGCUGCGGUGAUCUUCACGAAAAGCACGUGUUGUAUGUGCCAUAGUAUAAAGGCACUAUUCUACGAGCUCGGUGCAAGUCCUGCGAUUCAUGAAGUCGAUCACGAUGCCGAACUGGAGUGGGCCCUACGACGGUUAGGGUGUAAUCCUGAGGUUCCUGCGGUGUUUGUCGGCGGUAAAUAUAUAGGUUCGGCGAAAGAUGUGAUUUCCCUUCAUGUUGAUGGGUCUCUGAAACAAAAGCUGAUUGACGCUCGCGCUAUCUGGUUCUAGCUCGUAUCGAUGUGUAACCCGAUCGAGUUGGUGCAUAGGUUUAACAUCGUGUUAGAAUACUAAGAAUCGAGUCAACGAGCUGCUUUUUUUGUCGGCUUUUUUAAAUGUAAUGUCUAAAUGACCUUCUCCUGUUUUGGGUUCCUUCUGUUAUAAAUCUUCCGUACGAUAUCACCUUAAAUGCUCGUAUGUCUUAAUGCACUUAAAUUACUCCAAAUCCUAAGUGAACAUACAAUCAAACAUCGUUAGCCUUUGACAGUACACAUUUUACAGUAGGGUUUGGUCUGUUUGUUAACAACUGAAUGGUUUAUUCAAUCAAUUAUACAUGACCAUUUGACAGUGGCUUAUUCAGUAAGCUUUUAAGGGGAGCUAUAUGCAGAAAGUCGAGUUUUUUCCGAACUUUUUACUUAGU